GACAGCUGCAGGGUCCGGGGGACAGCUGCAGGGCCGGGGGACAGCUGAUGACGACCACAACAACAACAACAACAACAACAAUAAUACCUUCCAUCAGUGUUCUGUUGUUUAUCUAUUAAAUAAAUAAUAAAUAUAAUAUAUCGUGUCUCCUCUAACUCUCCGUACAGUUUAAUGUUUACAUCAGCUGACGCUUCUUUGUCGUCACGUGAGCGUCAGCUGACAGCUGUAGCUCAGAUGCUAACAUAAGCUAACAGAUGCUAACAGAUGCUGUGGCAGUGACCAAUGGGUAGAGUCGGUUGUUCCCGGGACAGUGACGUGGUGUCCCCGGUCCAAGACAACAACCGUUAGCACCGGCCCCAGCCCCGUCAGUCCGUCCGCCCGGCUCCGGGUGCAGCUGCUCGGGUUUAUCUCCGUGACUUUUGCCCGUUCUUCUUUAUCACGCUAGCCAGUUAUCCGGUUAGCAUAUGAGCUGUAUAAAUAUCCCACCGUGAAGCCACUGAGGCUAACCGGCUAACCGGCUAACCGACUAACCGAGUUUCCGACCGGCUGAGCGGCUGCUCCGGGCGGACAACAGCAGCGAUGGCCUCGGUCCGUGUGGCGGUCCGGGUCCGGCCCAUGAACCGGCGGGAGAAAGACUUGACUUCAAAAUGCAUCAUCAAGAUGGAAGGAACCAAAACCUCCAUCACCAACCUAAAGAUUCCUGACGGUGUCACUGGAGAUUCGAUGAGGGACCGGACCAAAACCUUCACGUACGACUUCUCCUACGACUCCACCGACUGUAAAAGCUCCACAUUCGUCUCUCAGGAAAAGGUUUUCAGAGAUCUGGGCUCCGACGUGCUGAAAGCUGCGUUCGAGGGCUACAACGCCUGCGUCUUCGCCUACGGUCAGACUGGCUCGGGGAAGUCCUACACCAUGAUGGGAAAUCCAGGCGACGCAGGUCUGAUCCCGAGGAUCUGUGAAGGUCUGUUCAGCCGCAUCUUGGAGGCGACUCGAUGGGAUGUGGCGUCGUUUCGUACAGAAGUCAGUUACUUGGAGAUCUACAACGAGAGGGUGAGAGACCUGCUGAGGAGGAAGUCCACUGAGACCUACAACCUGAGGGUCAGGGAGCAUCCCAAAGAUGGACCGUACGUCGAAGAUCUUUCCAAACACCUGGUGCAGAACUACAGCGACGUGGAGGAGCUGAUGGAGGCCGGAAACAUCAACCGCACCACCGCCAGCACCGGCAUGAACGACGUCAGCAGCCGCUCACACGCCAUCUUCACCAUCAACUUCACGCAGGCAAAGUUUGAUGCAGAGAUGCCGAGUGAGACGGUCAGUAAGAUCCACCUGGUCGAUCUGGCCGGAAGCGAGCGAGCCGACGCCACCGGAGCCACUGGCGUCCGACUGAAGGAAGGAGGGAACAUCAACAAGUCACUGGUCACCCUGGGCAACGUCAUCUCUGCUCUGGCCGACAUGACGCAGGAUGGCGUGAACACCAACCUGAAGAAGAAGUCCGUGUUUGUUCCGUACAGGGACUCGGUGCUAACAUGGCUGCUCAAAGACAGCCUGGGCGGCAACUCCAAGACCUUCAUGAUCGCCACCGUUUCCCCGGCAGACGUGAACUACGGCGAGACACUCAGCACUCUGCGCUACGCCAACAGAGCUAAGAACAUCAUCAACAAGCCGACCAUCAACGAGGACUGCAAUGUCCGGCUGAUCAGAGAACUGCGCGCUGAAAUUGCUCGACUGAAAGCUCUGCUGGUUCAGGGCAACCAGAUCGCUCUCCUGGAUUCACCCACCGCUCUGAGCAUGGAGGAGAAACUGCUCCAGAACGAAGCCAGAGUUCUGGAGCUGACGAAGGAGUGGACCAAUAAAUGGAACGAGACCCAGAACAUCCUCAAGGAGGAGACCCUGGCUCUGAGGAAAGAGGGCAUCGGCGUGGUGCUGGACUCUGAGCUGCCUCACCUCAUCGGCAUCGAUGACGACCUCCUCAGCACCGGAAUCAUCCUGUAUCAUCUGAAGGAGGGACGGACAUACGUGGGCAGAGAGGACGCGUCCACAGAGCCGGACAUCAUCCUUCACGGUCUCGACCUGGAGAGUGAACACUGCAUGUUUGAGAAUCAGAACGGUACGGUGACCCUGGUGCCGCUCGGCAGAGCUCAGUGCUCUGUUAACGGGGUUCAGGUGACGGAGCCGUCGCAGCUCAACCAAGGCGCCGUUCUUCUGCUCGGCAGGACAAACAUGUUUCGGUUCAACCAUCCGAAGGAGGCGGCAAAGCUGAGGGAGAAACGAAAGAGUGGCCUGCUCUCCACCUUCAGUCUGUCGAUGACGGAUCUGUCCAGGUCGUGUGAGAACCUGUCGACUGUGAUGCUCUACAACCCCGGUCUCUUCACUGAGAAGGGCCCCGUCUUCCUCAGGUUGGAGUUUGAGAGGCAGCAGCGAGAGGAGCUGGAGAAACUGGAGCUCAAAAGGAGGUUGAUUAAGGAGAUGGAGGCGAAGCAGCAGAGUGAGAAGGCGGAGCUUGAGUGCCUCCAGCAGGAGGUGGAGAGCCAACGCAAAGAGUCUGAGGAGGUGCAGCAGCGAAUUCUCCGUCAGGAGGAGAGCCUCCGCCGCCGUAGCCAUGACAUCGAGAGCCGCCUGCGUGACUUCCUGGCCGAGAAGGAGCGCUUUGAGGAGGAGAGACGCUCGGAGAUCCAGGGGGAGGACAGGUGCAACCAGCAGCUGGCGGGUGAAGCGGUGGAGGAGCGGGAUGAGGAGCAGCGGAUGCAGCAGGAGGCUGCAGAGCAGACAGAAAUCUACCGUGAGCUGAAGAGGCUGAAGAAGGAGCGUGAGGAGCAGAAGGUUCGUCUGGAAGCAGAGCAGCGGCGGCUGGAGGAGCAGGAGCGGGAGCAGCUGAGCCUGGUGGGCAGGCUGGAGGAGCAGCUGAGGGAGAAACACGAGGCAGCCACCACGUUGUUGACCCGGGAGGACGCCCACCGCAUCGAGGAGGAGCGCAGAGCACUGGCCGAGAUCAGAGGAACGCUCCUCCGUGCCAAAGAGGCUGGAGAGCGGCAGGAUGUGGAGGAUGCCAGCGAGGAGGCGCGAUCUGCUCAGGAUCGAUACACGGUUUUCAAGGUGGCUCAGGUGAAGGAGCUGGGUCAGCUGGAGGAGGGGCUCCGGCAGCAGAGGGAGCAUCUGGAGGUGGAGGUCGCUGCUGAGAGAAACACAGUGCUGCUCCUCGCUCACGGCCUCAAAGAAAGACGGCAGCAGCUGAAGGAGACACAGGAGAAGGGGGCGCAGGACACCACGGGCGUCUGCCAGGAGGAGCAGCUGGUCAAGCAGGCGGAACACAGGCUGCAGCUCAAGGAGCGGCAGCUGACGAGCCUCGCAGACGACCUCCUCCCCGCGCUGGCCGAGGAGAAGCAGAGAGCCAUGGAGGUGUUGGAGCGCAGCGCCGGCAGCAACGGGAACUGCAACAGUCCACCGGGACUGGACAACACACUGUACCAGGUGGAGAAGGAGCUGGAGGACAAGGAGGAGAAGCUGAACCUCCACUGGCACAGUGCUCAGCAGCUGCAGCAGCUCCAGGAAACCUACGAGUUCACGGCCAACGUGGCCCGGCAGGAGGAGAAGGUGAGGAGGAAGGAGAAGGAGAUCCUGGAGUCGAAGGAGAAGCAGCAGAGGGAGGCGAUGGAGCAGGCGGUGACCCGGCUGGAGAGGCGGCACUCGGCCCUGAGGCGCACCGUCUCCCUGGAGCCUGACACCGAGGAGCAGAGGCUCAAGAGCUCGGUCCAGAGGGACCUGAGGGGGGCGGAGCUGGACCAGCAGAGGGUGGAGUGGGAGAUCCGGAAGCUGAGGCAGGGGAUCAGCGAAGGAGAAGAGACCAGCAGGACUCACUCCCUCAGUAACGAUGAGAAGACGAGCAGCUCUCCGGUCAGUCACAUCCAGAGUCUGAACACGCUGCUGCCGCUGUCCGACGACAGGAUCAACGCCUACAUCGAGGAGGAGGUUCAGCGGCGGUUAAGUAAGAUGAACUUUCUGAACGGCGGUGGCGGGAUGGAUCUGUCCGAGUCCUGUGAGUCUCUCAGGGACCAGGAGGAAGUUAGCGACUGUAGCUCGGUUCCAUUAACAGACGAGGAUGAUGAAAAGCUGCAAAACAUGAAUCCGAGGAGGCAGAAAUAUGAGAGAACCAGCGGGUUGGGGUCUAGCUUCCUGUCGGCAACGGAGCUUGAGGCAAACUCUCCUGCUAAGAUCAAGCAAAACGCAUCAGAAGAACCUGAAAACGUCCCGUUAGAGCGUCACGGAGAAGAAAAGGGACUUUCCACUGCUGAAGUCUUGAUUGAAAAAGAAGAAACGCACAGAGAUGGAGGCAGAAACACGGCGUGGAAACGAGCAGUAAAUACUCCCGUUGAAGUUUGCAGAGCUGUUUAUGAACUUGAUCCUUCGCGCAAUCGAUUUGAUGAAAACGAGAACAGCGAAGCGAAGGAGUUGCUUGUGAACCGACGCUCUCUUUCAAACUUGAUAGAAAAAGUCAAAUGCCAAACGUGUGACCUUGGGAAAGAUGAGGAUGCAGAACGUGAUCAGUCGUCAAAGUGGAAGGAAUGUGGCCAAAUAAAACAAGAGGCGCGCGCAGACGAUGAGAAAGUUGAGACAAACAGAAGCUACGAUUUUGGAUAUUUUGUCCGAAAACUGUCCGACGCCUACAGAGACGCUGGCAGAAGGUUGCAGGGCACACGGGACAUCAUUCAAAACGUUGGAGUAGAGGAGAUUAAGGUUGUGCUCUCUCGGUAUGUGACCAUGGUUUCCAAAGAACUGCCACUGAUUCAGCAAAUGCAGCUACAACCACAGCCGGAAUCCUCCAUGCAUUCACACAACGAAGUCGGUUUGGUAGAUUGCGCCCGUGACCUUCCUCGGAAAACUUCUGUGAGCAUGGACAUCUCAAGAUGGCCGGAGGGAUCUGUGUCUUCUUUCAGAGACAAAGGUCCCGAAGCGUUUCAUCAGAGGCUGGUCGAGCUGCCUUCAGUUCUUUCCCAGCUACAGACGUGUUCAUCCCAGGAGAUACUAGAAAAGUUGGAAUCUCUGUCGCCUCAAAUCCAAGUUGGCAAACUUCUGAGUAUCUUCUGGGUUAAAACAGCCAAGAGUAAGGAACCCGUCCCGAGGCCUGGCUGCUUGCUUUUAUCAGAAAAGGACCUGAGAGUCGUGUCAGCUGGCUCAGAUCUUCAGGACACUUUGGUUCUUUUUCACCAUCUUCAUCUCCUUGAAAUCAAGAAGGUCCAGAUUAGCUUGGCAGGGCAGCAUGUCCGCCUUAUCGGCUGCUCUGAAGAGGAAGUCUUGGCCGUCUUCACCCACAGCAAAGAGCUUACCCAGGAGUUCUGUAAGGCUUUAUUGAAGGCUGUCGCUCCUGGAAGGUUCUCUGAAGGGACUCAACAUCACCCGUUACUCUCUGAUGACCUCACGCUCCUCUCGCUGGACUGGACAUCAACUGUUCCUGACAUCAUCCUGGACAACGGCCUUCAGGUCACCUCCAGAUUCAAGCGGGUUCUCGCCGACUUGCUCUACAUUGUCCACGGGAAUAUGGACGGCCCUGGCAAACCUUCUCUGGCGGAUGUUUGUCCUCUCCUCUACACCAGUGUCAAGGUCAUGAACUCCACCCGAGUCCAUCAGGACACCAUCUUUCAGCUCCUCUUGACCGACACUCACGUAGUUCUUCUCCAGGAGGACGGCGUCUUUCACCCGGUGCCGCGGGGCUCCAGCCUGGUCCCUGCGCAGCCACAGUUUCAGGGACUUGAACUCCACAGGCGAUCAGAUGUCAGACGCCUGAUGGUGAGUCAGCAGGACGGCUGCCUGGUGGUCGACGUGGUGUUUACAACUGGAGAACAGAAGGUGGAGUCCCGGCUGGGCUCAGUCGAAGCGUCCUCCUCCUCUGAUUACACUCGUCAGUGCCUCUCCUGGAACUUGUGCUUCGGUUGUAGCUCAGAAGCCGAGAUCUUCAUUAAUCAUCUUUGUAGCUGAGUCACAAACACAGUAAACUGAGCAAGUUCGUUUUCUUUCCUCUUGAAAACAAAUGAUCAGACGCCUCGUUUAUUUUACGAUGUUUAAAAAAUCAACAAUCUGAAAGUGAUGAAAUAUUUAAAACCAUUAAAAAAGUUUCUGUAAAGUCAUUUGAGUUCAGACGUGUAUUAACCUUUGAUCUCGGGAGUUUACACCGAGUCACGAUGAAUGAAAAUACUCAACCAAGAAACUCUUUGUAUUUAUGGAAGUUAAAUGUCUAAAUCAUUUGUAUUCAUGUUGAUGAUUCUUUUGAAACUUUGCUGCAUUUUAAACAAAAACUAUUGAUGAUUUGAAGAAAAUGUGACUCGUCAUGUCUGUAAAUGAUCAGAAAAAAUAUCUGAUUAUUGAUGUUGAAUGAAUCCACCUUGUAAUUGAUUC